AUGGGCUUCGACCCCUACUGGCCAACAUGCCUGGCCACAAUCAACACAACAAUUGUUCCCGCAACGGCCAUACUUCCCGAGAGAUUCGAUGAGAUUUAUCAAGCUCUGACGCAGCAACGAUGUAUGCCGCUGUCACAGAUGAGCAAAAGUAAAUUUAGCAGAAAUGAUCUGGUCAACUCUUCCGACUAUCGACAGGGAUCUGUGUUCUUCGACUUCGGCCGAUCGUUCUCUGAUAAUGGGACUCAGGCUCUGGCGUUCGAGCCUAACUCGCGAACACAGCUGCUGAUCGGCAUCCACGACUCGUCAAGCUUGGGACAAGAGGAUGAGACCAACCUUGACACCGCAUUGGAGGCAUUGAGAACAUUUGCAGCAGCUCGUCAGAGAGAUGUAGUUUGCAUCUUGCUGGCGUUUGGAACGAAUGUAGCCGAGUCCCGUAGUGGAAUCGCCGUGUUCCAGGACUCGGCCUCCGAGAGUAUUGAGGCUGGCCUACAACAUGCCUACAGUCUCUGGAGCAAGCAGGUCUGCAGAAUUGCAGAUGGACUAUCUCCGGCGACACUCUUCACUCCCGCCAAUUCCGAGACGUCGAAUGCUGUUCCGCCCAACGAAGACGUGCCUCGGGACGCAGACAUCAACACCGGAAAACGCCGAUACACUAUUGUUCUCGGCUUGUUGAACCUCUACACUGGGGCUUGGCCAGAUGCUCUGAGACGCCUAUCAGAAGGCAUAACAUUGGCGCGAGAGGCAGGAGAUCCAAUGUGGCAAGCUCGUGCCAUAGAAUCGCUCGUACUAUGUAUGGCUUUUCUUGUGUGGCAGGGAAGCAGCUUUGAUCUCCCAAGCGUGUGUGAGCAAGCUUAUAGCACAUCUCAGCUCAUGUCUAAAUCUAUCUUCGCAAGGGCAGCAAGUCUGAAUGGUUCAACACAGCCGAAGACAAACGCAGCUCUGUCAUCUGCUCAACAAUGGCUCAAGUAUGCCCCAGUGCUGCUCGAGGCAGUGCUCGGGGUCUACGAGCACGUUGCUAGCUUUGCUGAAGAAGAUAUCCCAUAUAUUGCCUUGACACAGUCGCGAAUACGGACGCUGAAUCUGCUUGCGUUUGCCUCUCGAUCACACCAUGACACGCUCAUCGAAGAUCUGGACAAGUUCCUUUUGGAAAAGCAGCUUCCUUCUUCGCUUGGAGUGAUGCCGUCUAGCGCAGGAAUCGACAUAGCAAAUCAACUGUCUGCGGCUCUUCCAACAUCAGAGGAAGCUCUGCUUACAAGUGACGGAGUAGCAGCGACUCUCGCUGCUGUCAGCUGCCUAUCUGCGACAGGUGUCGGCCGAAGACAAGCAUUCAUGCUCCGUGGACUUUUGCAAGGCUUGGUACCAGCGAUCAGCAAAGCUAGGACAGCUGGUGCAGCCGAGGCUAGCGUCCACCAUGCAUCGACGCCUGCUGCUGAUUCCCCGCGGCAGUCGAAUGUUCGCGUAAGCAUGGGGCUUCGUUCUCUUGCAUUGACCACGGCAAGAUCGUAUGGGUCACUCGUAUCCUCAUCCGAUGACUCUGGUCAGUCUCCAAUACUUACGAAAUCCAUGAUCGAACAAAAUCUGGUAGCAUGGUGCGGAGAGCACACUGGAGGGGAUCUGCCACUCAAGACAGAUAUCCUGCUCCUUUGCAUCGCCCUUUGUGAAAGUGUUGGUGACAUUGCGGGAUCAUCACAGCUGGUUUCUGCACUGUUGCGGCUUUCAGUGAUCAAUCCUUUGGUCUCAUUGAACUCCGAACCGGCAAAGCUCGUAAUCUCUGCGAAUGAACAAGGUCGUCUUUUAGAUCGCUUGAAGCGCUGGUCAGAAAAUGCCGAGAGUACAGGAGUGCCAAUUUCGACACUAUCGUGGGACGAUUUCCUUGUGCGUGAUAUCCAAGUUGUCCAGCAGGGCAGCAGGCCACCUCUACUGUCGCACGCACCAAAUGAACUAUCGCUCGUUGAUGAAGCGUCUGGUCCUCAAGUCCGGGAUCCUUUCAUUUUCAACCCGUUCGCACGGAGCACAACGGUGCAGGCCGCGCCAGUCGUUGCAGCAGACGAGACGGUCGUGUUUUCAGUACAGCUGCAGAACCCUCUCGAGGUUCCGGUGGACGUGUCCGACAUCAGGCUGGCGGCCGAGGGGUGUCAGUUCACGCCAACACGACAUAGUGUUGUGCUUGGGCCGUUGUCUUCUCAGAUCUUCACCCUCACGGGAGUAGCUUCAGAAGCAGGAACGCUCAAGAUCACAGGAUGUAAGGCGACUGUUGAAGGCUGCCAAAUGCAAACAUUUCCAACGAUGAAGGCCAAGUGGCUGCCACCACUGAAGGUCAAGCAGCAGAUGAGCCGUUCAAACCAGAUGGAGAAUCGUAAGAAGUUCUCGCAAGAAGAGAUGAAAGUGGCGGAUCCUUUCGUACUGGAACUGACAGUCAUUCAGCGGCAGCCUGAGCUUGAAGUCGCCUCAAUGUCUUUGACACAAACAUCGCUCAUGCUGCUGGAAGGCGAGAAGCGCACAUUCUCACUUAGUGUCAGAAAUACUAGUGAGAUGAUUCCAGCCAAUCUCGUGCUACUGACAUCCAACGACAACAUCUCCCGUGGCCUGCGGGAGUCCCUCAGCAGGAAAGACCUCAUGGCUGUAGACACGUACGAGGUUCAGCAUCAGCUGAAACACAGACAAGCAUUACAAAUUAGUAAUACAGCACAGCAGCAGAACCAGAUUGACGCGAAGGAGACCAAGGAAUACGAGGUAGACCUCUUUGGAAGAGCGGGCUUGUCAGAAGCGUCUGUGCACGUCGACUUCGCUCACCUGGGUGCACACCUGGCAGACAUCAAGCAGACAUUCUACACCAGACAAAUUCGCUGCCCACUGGCUUUGACGGUCAACGGCAGCAUUGAGGUCGUUCGAUGCAACGUCUUGUCUGUGCAGGGCGAGCUGCCAUCUGACAUCCAGAAGCACAGCAAACCUGGCCAUAGCGAGCAUGUAAAUGGUACAAGUUGGUCAUCAGCACCCGAUGGAGUGUGCAUGCUCUCGCUAGACCUACGCAACGUGUGGCCGCAGCCAUUGACGGUCGAAUUGCAGUCACUGUUUGAUCUCGAGGCCACCCCUAUUUCAGAGCAAAACACCUACACAGCCAUUGAGACAAUUCAGCCAGGCCACGUUUCUCGUGUCAUCCUGGUCAUCCCACGCCUGUUCGUGGAAAAUGCCUUCGCACCUAUACUCAACCUCGACGCCAAAAAGCAGUUCGUUGUCGAUACCUCGACCAUGAGGCCAGAGGCAGAAGCAGCAAUGCGCGAGAACUUUUGGUAUCGUGAAGAGCUCUUGAAGCACAUCACGGGGACGUGGAAAGAGGAAAAGAGUGGUCGCCAGGGUGAGAUCGACCUCAGGAAAGGCAUCAGGCUGAACCUCAAUGCUCGCAUGAUCGAUGUGUUGCGAGUCGAACAUGUCGAGAUCUCCUAUUCGCUAAUCGCUGAUUCCGAGGACUCCACAGAAAAUGCGCUCCGGAAACUCAGCGUUGCACAUUAUCAGCUACAGAUCGAGAGCUUCGCCACGCUACAUGUCAAGGUGCGGAAUCGCUCGAAUGAACGCCUUUCCCUGCUUCUGCGCCUCCAGCCAUGUCUCCGAGACCAGCCUCACAAUAUUGCGUUGGACCUGUCGCGGCGUCUUGCAUGGUCUGGCGUCCUCCAGCAGGUCCUGCAUCCGCCUCUCGACCCUGGAGAAGAGCGAGAAGCUAAACUCGGUUUGCUCGUACUCGCUGCAGGACUAUAUGAGGUCAGUGCGACGGUGGAAGAGGUCAAGCCGCGCUCGAAGGCAUCGACUCCGACCAGGAUCAGGCUUGAGCUCGCCGCAGAUCGGCGGAUCUGGCAUGCGCGAAUGCCGUGUCUGAUCGAUGCGGUAAAAGCGAUAGCAUAA